AUGCAUUAUUAUUCAUUCUAUUAUACAGAAAUAUUGGAGGGUAGUAUUAAUUUCAGCUCGAAUUGCCAUACAUUGCACACUAUAUAUACAUCCAUCUUUCAUUUUAUAGGCUCUAUCUAUAUACUUUUGCACUUUUUUCCACUUAUAUUUUGUAGCCUCAUUGCAAAGUCUAUAGAAUCUGGGUAUGAAGUAUCUAUAGUACAGAAGCACACAUUAAUUGCCCUAUGUUUUCUCUUCAUACACACCUCUGCCCCAUACAGCUUUAAAAUAGCGGUAUGUCUUUUCUUGUUACUCCAUGCAGCCCUCGCAGACGAGCACCUAUUCCUGUGA